CUUGAACGCAGCUAGUUUUACGUCACUGCGCGCUGGAAAAUCAAUAGUGUUCUAAUUUGAAGAGUACAAGAAAACACACACCACAGAAUGGCAUAGAUAAAUCUUGCACAAGUUUCCGUAUUAUAAAGUGCAAGUACACAAAAUCUGCAAAAUGGAAGAAGCGGGCUACUACAGACUGAAGAAAAAGAAGAGGACCGAACAUAGUCCGGAGAACUCGUCUAGCCAAAUGAACAACAUCUCCAAUUUUCACAUGUCCAACAUAUCACCACCAAAGGACAAUUACAAUAUUAUAUACUUAUCAUUCGUAUUAGGAGGAGCUGGAUUUCUGUUUCCAUAUAACAGUUUCAUAAUGGCUAUGGACUUCUUUAAGAACCGAUACUCCGGAGCACCGGUUGUCUUUGACAUGUCUUUGAUCUACAUCUCAACAGCUUUCGCUACAGUUCUAACUAAUAAUUUUCUUGUGGAAUCCUACAGUUUAACUGCAAGAAUUAAUUUUGGGUACAUUAUUUCAUUCUUCACUCUCAUAUUCGUCGUCACUUGCGAAGUUUAUUGGGAAGUUUUCGGGGCUGGUGUAUCCUACAUGAUCAACUUGGUUGCUGUUGCUACAGUAGCUGUUGGAUGUACAGUUCAACAGUCCAGUUUCUAUGGUUACACCAGUAUGUUACCAGCCAAGUACACGCAGGCCCUGAUGGUCGGAGAAAGUGUUUCCGGUGUGUUUACGUCGAUUGUUAGGGUGGUGACAAAACUGUUGAUCACGGAAAUAGUGGGAAGCACAGUCUACUUCUUCCUCAUUUCCAUCAUAUCGGUGGCAUGCUGUUUCAUAGGUUACCAUGCUAUACGGAAGAGCGACUUUAUACAAUUCUACAUAGCACUUUUCGAUCGAGCUAAAACCAAAAUUGUUUUGGAACCUACGGAAGAUGGAUCAGAUCCUGCAGAUUUGCAAUAUGGAAUGUUGAGAAUUCAGAAUAGUCCGCCAGCCAACACAUCAUUGUCUUUUACGAAUCCUUUAUACGAGCCAGCAGCAAAACCAUUGCAUUUCAAAGUCGAAGACUUCGUAGUUCGCGGACGAUGUGUACGCCUUGGAGGAAUGCCAGAUAUAAAACGUGGUUUUCAAGCGAGAAUUGUCAUUACCAAACAAAUUUAUCCCUACAUGAUAUCUAUUGGUUUGGUUUACUUCGUGACGCUCUGUCUAUAUCCGGGUCUUGCGUCGGAAAUAGUCAGCUGCAGAUUAGGUUCAUGGAUGCCAAUCCUGAUGAUGGCUAUAUUUAAUGGGGCCGAUCUGCUGGGCAAGCUCAUGUUCUCGUCGACUUCGAUUUGGUCUGAGAGGAAAUUAAUCCGAUGGUCUUUGCUAAGGAUUCUGUUGAUUCCCAUGAUGUUGAUGUGCACGGUGCCCCUCCGUGACACCAUAUUCACUGCUGAGAUAUUCGCAUUUAGUCUGUCUCUGUUGAUUGGUCUCACAAACGGAAUCUUGGGUAGCAUUCCGAUGAUCCAAGCACCAAGCAAAGUAGCCGAUUACAACAAAGAGUUAACAGGUAAUUUGAUGACGUUGAUGUACAACUUCGGAUUGAUAUCUGGUUCCUUGAUGGGCUACCUGAUCCAGUCCUUACUUCCGACGAUGGACGACAACCAUUGCGGUUUCAUAACAAUUCAGCCGACCACCGUCCUACCAUUUGUGUCGACCAUCCUUUCCGUAACCAAUCAAACUGAGGUCAUUCCAACAACUAAUUUUACAUCAUUCUAAUAGAACAUAUGUUAAAAGAGUUCGAUAUGCUGUAACUACGGCAAAAAGGGAGAAAAAAAUAAUCAUAUUUUGUGUCUCGUAGGGGAUAUGUCAGAAAUACUGCAAGUAAUCAAUGUAAUGUGAGGAAAUAAGUCACCUUGACAUUCAUACGAAGCUCUUCCAGUUUGAGGAGAGAAAUGUUAUUGUUUAUAUUAGCGACUACACAGUUUAUCAUCAAUUUUAGCUAAAUAAUAUUAAAGAAACGCAAAGGUCAGGAAACACCGAUUACGAGCACGUUAUGCAAUUAUCGUAUAUUACAUGCAUUAUCGGUGUGAUAUCAACAUUCAUACUGGUAAGUGAGCUCGUGAUACGGUCACACUAUUUUGAUGGAUCAUUCACACGGACGAUGAUUGAAAUACUUAUGUACUAAUAUAUUAAUCAGGUGAUUUCUUAGAUGCUGCAAAACGAUAAAUUUAUUUGAGUGGAGUUGAGUGGAUUUCCUUUAAAUGAAUACAAAAUGUCCGUUGGUAUUUUCU